GGCGUGGAUGAUGGACUGGCUGUCCAGAGGUCCAGAGGAGCAGGGCCUGAGCUGUGGACUUCAACGUAUGAAUGGACUUCUACAGUGGAGGUAUAAGCAACAACUGUCUCUUGGAGCUGAGCAAGAAUGGAUUCUAGAACAGGGUAAAAUGCAAACAGAACUAAACUGGCAGCACCUCUGUGAGAAUGCUGAACAUAAUCGAUAUCAGAAAUCAGAGGAUCUAACACAAAGCCUGUUUUCAUCAAGAGAGGAGGUAUUUCAGUAUGAUGAUAAAACUUCUCUGUGCAAAGAUAUUCCUGCCUUGGAAAUAAAAAAGCUGCAGAAGCAGAAUGCCAGCCUUCGGGCUGCUAUUGCACAAAUGAGGAAAGAAAUGGAGAGUCUUGAUGAGCAGAUGUUGUCUUCUCUUCCUCUGACAGAAAACAGACAGCUUGUAGAGCAAGGUUCAGUGAGCACAAACAAAAUUUCAACUGCAACCACUUUGAGCAACAUCAAAGUCAGCUCAAUUAAGCUGGACUGUAUAGUAAACCCAGACACAGAAAAGGGGCCAGAACCCAAAGUUCUUGAAGAAAAGAUAGUAGAUCUUGGACAACAGUUGCCUGAUGUAGAUCCUGGUGUUGAGCUUCAAUAUGGUGUCAAAUAUGCUCUACAGGGAAUGCAAAAUAAACUGAAGGAAGCAGCAAGAAAAAUCUCAAUCCUAAACCAAGAGAAGCGGCAGUUGAUUGAAAUGGGAAACAGACUCAGGGCAGAACUUGGAAUGGUGUUAAAGGAAGGACUUUGGCAUCCUGUCGGCUCUAAACACUGCACAGUUUGUAUUGCCUCUGGUAGUCUGCUUCCAAGAGAACUUGUGAAAAGAACGCAGUGUCAGCUAUCAGCUCUAAAACAUCUACAGCACAAACUCACAACACAGAAGCUGCAAUAUGCAAGGCAACAGCAUCCCUCGAGGUUCUCUUCUCUAGUUGCCUGCCCUGGCUUAAAGGAAGAAGAAGCUCCAAGCAACUGUGGGGAAGAAAUAGAAUUGCCAUCCUCUGAGGUUCAGCUAGAUUUCUCUAUUGAAAAUCAUGGACCAGAGCAACAAAAGGCAAAUGCAUCCUCAAAGAUUGUUCAAAGUCAGCCGCUUAGGCAGAGUCCUAGUCAAGUCCAGCAGGUCCAGCUUUCUUCAUCUAGAGCAUAUAAAUUCUGUCAAGGUGUUUGGCAAACUUUAGAAAUGGGAUCAAGCCUUUCUAUUCUCAGUCCUCAAAAGAACAGCAACCAAGUGGAAUUGGAAGUUAUACAUUCAACCAAGCAAUCUGAAGAAUCUCAGCAAAAUGUCAAAGCCAAGGAUAAACUUGAAGUGCCAGCUGGAGAUUUGACAGUCAGAGGAACAAGGCUGGAAGUUCAGCAGAAGUUAAAAUCCAGGAAUUUAUCUUGUGCUCAUCCAUUAAAACCAAAAAUCUCUUCUAACAUGGCAAAAAUCCGCAACUAUAAUAUUAAAGACUGAUUUCUAUGUUGGCAGCAGGUUCCAGAUCUACAGUUGCUAUUAAUUUACUUUGAAGUCUCUAAAUCAGAUCUAAAUAUUUGCUUCAUUUUUGUAUGUUGAGUUAUUUGCAGCCAGAAGGGAGAACAAAUACCCCGUUUCACACAGCGACCCCUGAAAUAAAGGGUUAAUGUGUGUACAUUAUGAGAUUACAGUCUUCACUGUUAAUACUGAUUUCUUUUAAUUAUAUGUGUUAAGUUUUGCUUGCAUCAUGGAUUUAGAAAUGCCCAGUUUACACAUAGGUAAAGCCUUGUGCCUUCAGGCAGGGCUUCCAGGUCUUUAGCAAAUUUUUUGUUGAGAAACUGUAGAUGUGAUUUAAGCUUAGCAGUGGGAUGCCUCAACCUACUUGUUUUCUUCUAAUUAACAAUGCAACCGUUAAUCCUGUGCAGCUAUCUUUCUACUUGAAAGUAAAGGGGUUGAAAAGA